CUUCUAUCUAUUCUGGUAUCUCAGCACAUGACUAAAUUAGAGCAAAGAUGAUAAGAGCGCACAGGAUUAUAAAUCCGCGGGCUCCUCCUCCUUCCAGCCGUGCGUCCUAAUUAAUGGGACACCCCCAGUCGCAAAAAGCCCCGCACUGGACUGAAACAUAGUCAAAGAGUGAAAGGGAAGAAGGCGAAAGUGCCGCUGGAGAUAAUUGAUUAGCAAUCAAUGAUAACUUGUUAGUAAUCGUCGAGACUUUGGACUUCGCCAUUUUCAGGGAGGCGCCUCACUCAUCCGGACUCGUUGCUCCGGAGGAUCAAGACAAUUGGAAUAAUUUUCUUGCUCCGUUUUUCUCUUGUGCUAUGUGACUUUUUUCCCCACAGCCUUACUUGCUGAUAUUUCAACACCUUCAGAAAGUCUGUGCGCAAAACCAAUGAUGACAUCCAAAGAAGUGGCCAAAUGUGACGCAGCGGAAAACAGGAGGCGAAGUCCGCUGGACCAUCUGCCUCCGCCUGCUAACUCCAACAAGCCGCUGACCCCCUUCAGCAUUGAGGACAUCCUGAACAAACCGUCGGUGAAACGAAGUUACACAAUCUGUGGCACUGCUCAUUUAAUUUCAUCCUCAGAAAAGCACCGCGCCUCCAGCAUCCCGCUGUCCAGUCGCGCGCUCCUCACCCAAACCUCCCCGCUCUGCGCCCUGGAGGAGCUCGCCAGCAAGACCUUCAAGGGUCUGGAAGUCAGCGUUUUACAGGCUGCCGAAGGCCGGGACGGGAUGACUCUAUUUGGCCAGAGAACCACUCCGAAGAAGCGUCGGAAGUCUCGAACGGCCUUCACCAAUCACCAAAUCUACGAGCUGGAGAAACGCUUCCUGUACCAGAAGUACUUAUCCCCCGCAGACCGAGACCAGAUCGCCCAGCAGCUGGGUCUGACGAACGCCCAGGUCAUCACGUGGUUUCAGAAUCGGAGGGCUAAGUUAAAACGAGACCUGGAGGAGAUGAAGGCCGACGUGGAGUCGGCUAAAGCCAUCGGACAGGUGCCCUUGGACAAACUGGCCAAGCUGGCGGACCUGGAGAAAUGCGCCAACGGCACUCUGGGCCACCCGCGAGCCGAAUCCCCCGCGCGGGGCGGCCCGCAGGAGCACGAGCUCGCGCAGAAACUGCGGACGUCUCCGCUGUCUCCUUUCUCAGACCACACAACGAGUAAAGAGUGCUCAGAGGACGAGGACGUGGAGAUCGACGUGGAUGACUGAUGGCACACAAACACAAAAGACUGUUGAAGAAAACCCUCGCGGGGACUUGUAACUUACUGCUUAUAUCGUGCACCGUAUCUACCAAAAUGUAACCACUUUUAUAUUCAAAGCAUGAAACGCGGUGUUUUAUUCAUUUCUUGCAAAGCAAUAUUGACAUUAAUGCUUUUUUUUUAAACGCCAACGUUUUCCUUUUCCGAUCCUGUCCUCACUGGGACUUUUUAUU